AUGCAUGAUUCAGCAGUGGCAAACGUUCACAAUUAUUUCCUUUCCUCGAACAUUCCUGACGCUACGCCCACGGCCUUACCCGCGCCUUCCAAUGGGUCCUACCAGGAUGUAGUCUACGAACCCCACAAAUACACUUUGGUUGAUCGCCUUCGGGGAAUCUUCUCUGUCGCGGUUCCUGAGAAGAAGCGAGCGAUUGUGGAUCAAAGAUCUCUGCAGACCCAGCAAGAGUCCAAUGGCGACUCUUCACCAUGGAUUCUACCUGUCUAUGUACUCUCAACUCGCCAGGACAAAGACAAGCAUCAUAUCGCAAUGGAGGCAAAAUGCACUAUCGAUACUGGCAACAUGCAAGGCAAUAUCGUCUCACGAAAAUUCAUCGGAGUGCUUGAGUAUCCAGAGUCCGCCUUUUGCCCCUUGACCAAAGAAGAGGAAGCUGGGGCCACCAGCGUAACUGGACAUCAACUCAUCCCCCAAGGUGCAAUACACUUAACCUGGUAUCACAAGAAGAGUACUCGAGUCUUCCGCGACAUGCGUUUUCUCAUCUCUCCCAACGAGAACUUUGAUCUUAUCAUUGGUGCUUGGUCCAUCCAGAAAGACAGAAUCCUCGAUGUGCCGAACUUGAUGGUCGACAAAGUCUUCAUGCCCCUCCUCACAGACUUUCCACUUGAAGACCCAACACAUGAGGCAUUGCGUGACAGAAAACACAAUAUCGAAGAGCGAAUCGGUGAUUUACAGACGGAGAUCCAUGAUGCAGUCAAGGCUAAUAAACCUAAAGAAGUCGAGAGGCUCAGAAAACGGAAAGCCAUUCUAAAGGAAGAACAAAAAUUCUGGACUAAUGCGAAAGGGAGCGACGCCGAAAUCAUGAAUCACCUGGAUAAGCUCAGAGAAUUAAAGGCGGAACUCAUUAGAGAGCCUCCCCCACCAUAUACUGAGGCCAAGAACGACUUGCAUAAGGAACAUUCCGAACAGAGCGGCUCCGGCUAG